GCGCUGAAGCUGCGGAUGCGCUGUUAGGUCCACACCGCGUGUGUACCGGUGGGGGUGUGUCGGCGGGCAGGGCAGCCGGGCGGGGCCCCGCGGUCUCUGCUGGCCGUGGCCUCCCCGGAGCCGACCUCGGGCACCGUGAAGGGAGACGGAGCGGCGGGGCAGGAGCGACCCCGAGCUGGCGAGGUCAGGCUCGUGGAUGAGAGACUUCCUCAUCUUAUUCCGCAGGCCUUGGAAGUUACAACCCCGCCUUCAUCCCGCGUGGGAUCUCUCCCCAGCCCCCUUUCUCCUCUUGCCGACCCUCUGGGAUCGCUCUCUUUCCGAGGAGGCCAUGGAUACCUCGACGCCUUUGCCGCCUGUGGCCCCCUCCCCCGUCUGCAACCCAGCUCCACGGACAAUCCAGAUCGAGUUUCCUCAGCAUAGCUCAUCGCUGCUGGAAACCCUGAACCGCCACAGGCUAGAGGGGAAGUUCUGUGAUGUGUCUCUCCUGGUGCAGGGUCGGGAACUUAGGGCUCACAAAGCCGUGUUGGCUGCUGCCUCUCCUUACUUCCAUGACAAGCUUCUUCUGGGCGAUGCACCGCGUCUCACCCUGCCGAAUGUCAUUGAAGCUGACGCCUUCGAGGGGCUACUUCAACUCAUUUACUCAGGACGCCUCCACCUGCCACUAGAUGCUCUGCCUGCCCACCUCCUUGUGGCCAGUGGCCUCCAGAUGUGGCAAGUAGUAGAUCAGUGCUCAGAGGUUCUUAAAGAACUAGAAGCCUCAGGUGGUGGACUCUCAGCCCGUGGAGCAACCCCAUACCGCUCAGUUCUUUCCGCUACAUCCACUGCAGGAGGCUGGUGCCUUCGAUCUCCCCCUUUCCAGACCCCAGUGCAGUCAUCGCCCUCUGUGGAGAGUCCUGUUGUAGGGGAGGGAAAUGAACUGGGAGAGGUAUUACAGAUUCAGGUAGAGGAAGAUGAGGAGGAGGAGGAAGAAGAAGAAGAUGAGGACCAGGGGUCAGAAGCAGUCUCUCAGACUCCUCAGCCUCAGAGAGUGUCAGGAGAUUUCCCCCGCCUUCAUGGAUCCCACCCAUCACCAAAAUCCACUACUCCCUGCAAGCUUCCAGAGGGCGAGAGUGCUCCGUCAGAGCCUCUUACCACUUCUACUGCACUGCCCCUCAAGAUCUUCUACAUAAAGCAGGAACCCUUUGAGCUUAAGGAAGAGAUACUAGGAGGUGGAACUCAGUCUGGAGGAACAAAGGAGGAGACCAAAGUGUUCCCUCGGAACACUGAAAGAGAUGGGGAGUUAGAAUUAUUGCUGCCCUCAGGAGCAGACGCACCAUCUGGGGGAGGAGGCCCCUCCUGGAAACCAGUGGAUCUUCAUGGGAAUGAAAUCCUGUCAGGAGGUGGAGGACCUGGGGGAGCAGGGCAAGCUGUGCAUGGGCCUGUGAAACUAGGAGAGGCACCCCCUGCAGAUGGAAAACGCUUUGGUUGCUUGUGUGGGAAGCGAUUUGCAGUGAAGCCAAAGCGGGACAGGCACAUCAUGCUGACUUUCAGCCUUCGGCCCUUUGGCUGUGGCGUCUGCAACAAGCGCUUCAAGCUGAAGCACCAUCUGACAGAGCACAUGAAGACCCAUGCUGGAGCCCUGCACGCCUGUCCCCACUGUGGCCGUAGGUUCAGAGUCCAUGCCUGUUUCCUUCGCCAUCAGGACUUAUGCAAGGGCCAGGGCUGGGCCACUGCCCACUGGACUUACAAGUGAUUUCUGAGGCCAUACACUGACUUUCAGGACAAGAGAGCCACUGCUACUGAUGGAUACUCACCCCUCACUAUCAUUGCACUUCAAUCCUGGAUCUUGUAAUCAUGUCAAGAGGGUAGAUACAUUAUGGGUCUGUGUAUAACCUCUGUCUUCAGUGUGGGCCUCAGCCUGGCAAUUUGGAAACUCAGAUUUCUCAUCUCACCCCGGGUUUUUGCUAACCACCCUGUACCAAAGCCCACUGCCAUUGAGUUGCUUCUGACUCAUAACGAUUCUAUAGGACAGAGUACAACUGCUCCAUAGGGUUUCUAAUGCUAUAAAUCUUUAUGGAAGCAGACUGCCACAUCUUUUUCCUGCGAAGUGGCAGGUGGGUUCAAACUGCCCACCUUUUGGUUAGCAGCUGAGUGCUUAACCACUGCACCACCGGGGCUCCUUAACCACUUGAUAGGAAGGUGGUUUACAGGUCAUAUUUAAACUGAUCACUUGCCCAUAAUGGACCCUCCUUUCCUGGUGGUGGCGUCCAUUCAAGAAACUUAAUUUCAGAUCAGAGGGUUAUUUGGUGAGAGAUGAGUUAGAACAAAAAGACAUGAUGAUAAAUUUUACAUUCAGUCUCUGUGAAGGGUUAAAAGAACCAGUGUCUACGUAGAGAUACACUUGAUUCAGAGUUUGAGUAAAUGGAUGACUAAGCUCUAAGCUUCCCUCAUCACUGCUGGAAUGAUGUGAGCAGAGAUCUUUUUCUGUACCUAUUUUGUUGUAUCUUUCCAGAAGCCUCUCUGAUCGUAACUUACUUUCUUACUAGUAGAUACCUUCCCAACUUUUAUUUUUUAUAUUGUAGUUGAGCACUUUAACACACUGAGCAUUCCAUGUGUCAUUCCUUGAACCCUCUUUAAGAGAGGGUAUUCCCUCACUACCCUGUGCCUCUUUUCUGCCUUUGUCACCACCACUGGUCCCUCAUAUACUAAUCACAGUGACUGAAAUGUGAGUCGACUCAGGAGAUGGCCACCGACCUAAAUUGCUGCCAGGGCAGCACCACUGCACUCUGAACAAGUUGCAGUGGGCAGAAGGACUCAGGGCUGAGAUAGCUCAUGUUGAAGUCUAGAGAGUAACUGCACACCCUCUCUCUUUCCCUCCCAACCCAUACCUGAUGGGACAGCCUUGUUGAAGGGUGGAGGGGUAGACCUUGGAAUGGGGAGGUCGUUGCAGGUUACUUAAUUUCUCCAAAUAAAUUUUGCCCUGAAAUCUAAACUGACAGGGGACUGGACUGAGUAAUUUGUGUGGGAGAUAAUGUGAGAACAGAGCUGCAGAGACUUAGUGUGUUCAUUCUGUGACUGGGUUAUGUUGAUGGGAGAAGAAUGGGAUGGCUUCACACUGGUGCAGAGAACACUCCUGGACUUACAGUGGGUCAAAUUCUAGGCCCUGACCUACUGAAUAACCUUGGGUAAGUUACCUUUCACAGUCUGAACUACCUUUUUUUUUUUUUGGUGGAGUGGGGUAAAGUGCACUCCCAGCUGGUUCUCUGCCUUGUUUUUAAAAGACGUUUCAUGUAAUCUUUACCAAUAAUAGUCUCUGACUUCAUGUAUUGUGUGUGAUGCUUGAUAGUUGUUCAGUCUUACAUUUAGUGCAAAGCACUAUGCUAAAAAAAAAAAAAAAAACUAUGCUAGACCCUGGUUAAUACUCUGCCCUGAAAGAAUUCACAGCUGGUACAGAAAAUAGACAAUUACAAUGUGGUAUAACUCCAUGAUCUAGGGCAGUACAAGCUACUGUAGUGGCACAAAGGAGACAGAGCAAAGACCUUUCAUAGGUCAGUGGUGGUUUCACAAAGAAACACCUGACUCCUUCACGUGCUGGUGUGGCUCUGCGGUUGGUAGCUGAACUGAUGGGAAGCUGUUGACCACAGGAAUUAUAUUCACAACUAUAGGGCCAGGGGUGAUAGCCUUCCCCAAAGUAUAUUUCUUUGGGGGGAUUUUUUAAAAACCGCUUUAUUAAGUGUAAUUCACAUACCAUAAGUUUUACCCAUUUAAAGUGUGAAAUUCAAUGGUUUUUAGUAUAUUCACAGAGUUUCACAAUCGUCACCACAAUCAAUUUUGACUCUCUUCAUCCCCCAAAAGAAACCCCAUAUACUUUUAACUGCCAAUCUAUAGUCCUCCCAUCACUCCCAGCUCUAUCUAGGCAACCAUUAAUCUACUUUCUAUCUCUUUAGAUUUGCCUGUUCUGGACAUUUCAUAUUAAUGGAAUCAUACAAUCAAGUUUAGAACAUUUUCAUCAUACCAAACUUUAUUCCUUUUUUAUGGCCACAUAAUAUUCCAUAGUAGGGCUGUACCACAUUUUGUAUACCCAUUCAUCAGUUGAUUGACAUUUGGGUGGUUUCUAUUUUUUGGCUAUUAUGAAUAGUGCUACUAUGAACUUUUGUACACAGAUUUUUUUUUUUUUAAUUGUGCUUUAGGUGAAAGUUUAGAGCUCAAGUUAAUUUCUCUUACAAAAAUUUAUACACGUAUUGUUAAUGUGGCGUUCGUUGCACUCCCUAUAAUGUGACAGCGCACUCCCUAUGAUAUGACAGCACACUUCCCCUCUCCACCCAGGAUUUCCUGUGUCCGUUCAACCAAUUUCUGUCCCAUCCUGCCUUCUUAUCCUGUCUCCAGACAGGAGCUGCCCCAUUUCUCUUGUGUAUCUGCUUGCACUAAGAAGCACACUCUUCAUGAGUACCCCGUAAAAAAUACGCCAGUCUAAUCUUUGAAGAGUGGGCUUCAAGAAUGGUUUUAGUUCUGGGUUAAUAGAGCUUCCAGGGAGCCAUGGCUUUGGGGGUUCUUCCAGUCUCAGUUGGACCAUUAAGUCUGGUCUUUUUAUGUGAAUUUGAAUUCUGCGCCACGCUUUUCUCCCACUCCAUCAGGGACUCUUUGUAGUGUUUCCUGUCAGGGCCGUCAUUGAUAGUAGCUGGGCACCAUCUAGUUCUGGUCUCAGGCUGAUGGAAUCUCUGGUUUAUGUGGCCCUUUUGUCUCAGGUUAAUAUUUUUCUUCUGUCUUUGGUGUUCUUCAUUCUCCUUUGUUCCAGGUGGGUUGGGACCAAUUUGAAGCAUCUUAGAUGGCUGCUCCAAAGCUUUCAAGACCCCAGACACCACUCACCAAAGUGGGAUGCAGAACAUUUUCUUAAUAACUUUGUUACGCCAGUUGACCUAGAUGUCCCCCAAAACUGUGGUCCCCAGACUGCAGCCCCAGCUACUCUGUGCCUCAGAGUAUUUGGCUGUGUUCAGGAAACUUCUUAGCUUUUGGUUUAGUCCAGUUGUACUGACUUCCCCUGUAUUAUGUGCUGUCCUUCCCUUCACCUAAGAUGAUUCUUGUCUACUAUCUAGUUAGUGAAUUUCCCUUUCCCUCCCUCCCCACCUUUGUAAUCAUCAAAGAAUGUUUUCUCCUAUGUUUAAACCUUUUCUUGAGUUCUUAAAAUAGUGGUCUUAUACAAUAUUUGUACUUCUGCGACUGACUAAUUUCGCUCAGCAUAAUGCCUCCAGAUUGAUCCAUGUUGUAAGGUGUUUCACAGAUUCAUCCUUCUUUAUCAUUGUGUAGUAUUCCAUUGGAAACCCUGGUGGCAUAGUGGUUAAGUGCUACGGCUGCUAACCAAGAGGUCGGCAGUUCAGAUCCUCCAGGCGCUCCUUGGAAACUCUGUGGGGCAGUUCUACUGUGUCCUGUAGGGUCGCUAUGAGUUGGAAUCGACUCGAUGGCGGUGGGUUUGGUUUGGUUUUUAGUAUUCCAUUGUGUGUAUGUACAAGUUGUUGAUCCAUUCGUCUGUUAAUGGACACGUAGGUUGUUUCCAUCUUUUUGCUAUUGUGAACAAUGCUGUGGUGAACGUGGGUGUGCAGACAUCUAUUUCUGUGAGGGCUCUUAUUUCUCUAGGAUAUAUUCCAAGGGGUGGUAUUGCUGGAUUGUAUGGAACUUCUAUUUCUAGCUUUAAGAAAGCACCAAAUCGAUUUCCAAAGUGGUUGUACCAUUUUACAUUCCCACUAGCAGUGUAUAAGUGUUCCAGACUCUCCACAACCUCUCCAACAUUUAUUACUUUUUGUUUUUUGGAUUAGGGCAACCCUUGUUGGGGUGAGAUGGUAUCUCAUUGUAGUUUUGAUUUGCAUGUCUUUUUUUUUAAUGGCUAAGGAUCGUGAGCAUUUCUUCAUGUGUUAGCUGCCUGAAUGUCUUCUCUGAUGAAGUGACUGUUGAUAUCCUUUGCCUACUUUUUAAUUGGGUUAUUUGUCUUUUUGUUGUUGAGGUGUUGCAGUAUCUUGUAGACUUCAGAGAUUAGACCCUUAUUGGGUAUGUUGUAGCCAAAAAUUUUUUACCAAUCUGUAAGUUGUCUUUUUACUCUUUGGGUGAAGUUUUUUUUUUUUUUUUUUUUUAAUUGUGCUUUAAGUGAAAGUUUACAAAUCAAGUUGGACUCUCAUACAAAAAUUUAUAAACACCUUGCUAUAUACUCCUGAUUGCUCUCCCCCUAAUGAGACAGCACACGCCUUCCCUCCUCUGUUUCUUUUCGUGUCCAUUUGGCCAGGUUCUGACUGUCUCUACCCUUUCAUCUCCCCUUCAAACAGGAGAUGCCAACAUAGUCUCAUGUGUCUGCUUGGUCCAAGAAGCUCAUUCUUCUUCACCAGUAUCAUUCUCUACCCCAUAGUCUAGUCCAAUCCCUGUCUGAAGAGUUAGCUUUAGGAAUGGUUCCUGUCGGGGGCUAACGGAAGGUCUGGGGACCAUGACCUCCAGUGUCAUUCUAGUCUCAGUCAGACCAUUAAGUCUGGUCUUUUCCUGAACAUUUGGGGUCCGCAACCCACUGCUCUCCUGCUCCCUCAGGGGUUCUUUGUUUCGUUCCCUGUUGGUGAAGUCUUUUGAUGAGCAUAAGUGUUUGAUUUUUAGGAUCUCCCAGUUAUCUAGUUUUCUCUUCUCGUGUUUGUGCAUUGUUAUAUUUUGUAUUCUGUUUAUGACAUGUUUUAGGGCCUCUAGCGUUCUCCCUAUUUUUUCUUCCAUGAUCUUUGUCAUUUUAGAUUUUAUAUUUAGGUCUUUGAUCCAUUUUGAGUUAGUUUCUGUACAUGGUGUGAGGUAUGGGUCUUCUUUCAUUUUUUUGCAGGUGGGUAUCCAGUUAUGCCAGCACUAUUUGUUAAAGAGACUCUCUUUUCCCCAUUUAACAGACUUUGGGCCUUUGUCAAAUAUCAGCGGCUCACAGUGGAUGAAUUUAUGUCUGAAUUCUCAAUUCUGUUCCAUUGGUCUAUGUAUCUCUUGUUGUACCAGUACCAGGCUGUUUUGACUACUGUGGUGGUGUAAUAGGUUCUAAAAUCAGGUAGUGUGAGGCCUCCCACUUUGUCCUUCAGUAAUUCUUAGUUUAUCUGGGGCCUCUUCCCUUUUCAUUUGAACUUGGUGAUUUGUUUCUCAAUUUCGUUAAAAAAUAUUAUUGAAAUUUGGCCAAAGUAUAUUUCUUAAAAGUUGUUAUUUAUUAUACAGGGAAAGUUCCAUAAUGAAAGAUUUUGGCUUAAUAAAACUUGUACCCUCCUUCUGCUGCUUCUUCCCCAAUAGAGGAGCUGUCCCUCCUACUGUCUAAGGCUAGUUCCCUUCCCAGAGCCUUUGCUCAUCAUCUCCUUCUCCCCACCUGUAGUUCCUUGUUAAUAUUUAACCAUACUCAUAGGGCUAUGAGAAUUUAAUUAAUACAUGCAAAACGCUUAGAACAGUGCCUUGCACAUACUAGCUACUCAAUAAAUGUUAGCUAAUAUUAGCAAGACCAAUAGUAGUCAGUUCUCCACAGCUUUACUCAGGUCGCUUCUCUCAGGGAGGGAUCACAUACAUAAAGGAAAACAUUUUCAACUAAAAGAGAAAUGAGGCCUAUAGUACUCAAUAAGGAUACUUUGGACACAUCAGGAAAAACCAGUUGCAAAAAAAACAACAUCACAUUAGAUAAAGUAGAACACUGAAAAUGAGGGAAACCCUCAAUGAGAUACCAUGAAUGCAGCAGUGGGCUCAGACACCAAAAAUUGUAAGGAUGGCGCAGGAUCAAGCAGUGUUUCGUUCUGUUAUGCGUGAGGUCACCAUGAGUUAGAGUCGACUCAAUGCCAACUAAUAACAAAGAAUAAGAUGUUAUCACUACCAGUCUCGUAAAUGCUGGGGUUUUUCGGGCUCUGUCUUAGGCCCUCUUCUAACUCUACACAUUCCUGGAUGAUUUUAUCUAUUCUUCUGAGUUAAACUAUUUAAUUUCUGAUGACAUUUAAUUUUAUUUCUCCAGUUUUCCUGACCUCCAGACUUACUUGAGUUUCUUCCCUCAUUCAACAAUAAAUGCUAUGUGCCAGACAUUGAUGAACAGAACGCAUCAUAGAGACUUGAACCCUGGAUUAUCUUUUUAAGAGACAGAUGUUUAAAUCAGCUAUGUGGGCAUUUCAUAGACAUCUCGGGCAUACCAUGUCUAAAACUAACCUACUCCUAAACUACUUCAUCUUCAGCGGUCUGCUCCUGUAGUAUUGUUUCCAGUCUUGGUAAUGGCUCCACCCUCUGCCCAAAUACCCAAAGCUGAAAUCUCGAGUGUUCUUGACACCUGUCUCACCUCCCAGAACUACCCUAUCAAUUAUAUCUCCUGAAGAUUUCAAAUUGAUGUACUCCGCACUAUUGCCGCUGCAGCCUCUUAAUUGGUUCUUUGUCUUGUCUUGCUCCAUAUCUUACUCUACAUUCAGAAUGAUCUUUCUAAAGCAUGCAUACUAUUGCACAAUUCUCCAGUUUAAAACCUUCCAUUGGCUGGCUUUUUGCUCUUUCAUGAAGUGCAAAUGAUCUAGUCCCAAUUAUUACAGUUUCAUCAUUACUAUUUCCCCUAGACCUUCACUCUUUCUGCUUCUCAUGCUGUAAAAAUGGCAUAGGGGUGGUGUCUGACCUCUUUUAACUUCACAAUCAAGAAAGAAGAUCAACAGCCCAAGGCUGAUUCAUAUGAGGCAGAGGUCAAACAUGCCUCCUCUCUCCCCCAUCUUUACCAAUUCUGACACCAACGGUCCCUCUCACAGCAUCGCUCCUUCUCUGCUGGGUUCGAUAACUCAUUGCAUGGCCACCCAGAACUCACACAAUACUCAAGAUUAUCGGGUUUAUUAGGGAAGUAACAGGUUACAAUUCAGGUUCAGCAAGACUCAGAAUACAGUUCGUCCAUUAGGACAGCUUCUUUUCAGCUGUGCUCGCAGGCACACAUCUUUCUGACUCCAGGCCUCUGCCCUGCGCAGGCAAGUGUUACAAAGCUCUUUUAUCCCCUGCCAGUAAGUCCCCAGAGGCACCCCAGGCACUCAACUUGGCCGGGAAGCCCACUGCAUGGUCUCUCGCAGGCUUCUGCCACUGCUUCUCGCUGUCUUCAGGGUUACAUCUCUCUCUCUCUCUCUUUCCUCCUCCCACCCCCUUUCAGGAGCUCAGCACAGGGAUCCCGGGUCCUCCCUCCUGGCUGUUCCUCCUUGGCGUUUGUAGGAUUCUCCCUUUGUUCUGGAAUUGGCUCUCUUUUUUUAAGCCUAUCAGGAUGGCAAAACUGAACAAUCCCCUUGGUGGGCCACAAUUACCCGAUCUCCAGAGUCUCGCCUAAUCGCUUGGGUGAAAAUUACAAGACCAUGAUGAGAAAGGCCACACAAAAGCGGUCCAUCACACUGCGCACGUUCAUCUCUACCUACGGUAGUUUUCCUUGUCCCUCAACAGGCUGAUGGCCACUUUCUUCAGAUACCAGCUUAAACAUCAUUUCCUCUAGAAAUCUAUAACUGCUAGAUAAGGUAGGACCUCUGGUAUGUACCUUAGUAGCUUCUAUUUUCCCAUGAGUUUUUUUUUUUUUUAAUAUGUAUAUAAUUCCCUUUAUUCAGUAAUUAAUUGUCAGCUACCUACUAUGUGUGGGCACAAGGGACGUUGUCCUCAUAAGCAUAUAUUCCAAUGCUAUAAAAGAAAUAAACCAGGGAAUAAGGUGGAGAGUAGCAAAAGGAGAACACACUGUACACAUUGAUCUAAUAUCCAAAGAGAAAAGAACCAAACAUGCAUAUCAGGGGAGGAAGAUGGUUCCAGUAGAGUGUUUAGCAGAUACAAAGGUCUCGAACAAGAAAGUGGUAUGUUCAACAAGGAGACCAGUGAGGAGAGACUAAUGAGAUAUGAUUGAAGAGGUAGGCUGGGGCUGGAUCAUAUCGAACCUUUCAGAUCAGUGUGAGGAAUUUGGAUUUUAUUCUAAGUGCAAAAGGAAGGCAAUAAAGUGUUUUACAUAAGGCAAUAAUGAUCUCUUAACAGUUUAAAGAGGUUUCUCUAGCUGCAGAGUCAGUAAGGGACAAGAGUAGAAGCAGGUAGACCAGUAAGACUAUUUCAGCAAUGCAGACAAGAGGUGGGUGAAGACAGCACAUAUAGAGAGAAGUAGAUGGAUUAAAGCUAUUCUAUCUGAAGACAGAACUGACAGGACAAAAAGGAAGCCCUAGAGUUUUGCUUGAGCAAGUGAAUACAGGUCUCGCUCAUAGUCUAGUAGGCUAGAAGUCCAAAUUCAGGACGUCAGCUCCAGAGGAAGGCUGCUUCUGUUGGCUCUGGAGGAAGGUCCUUGUCCUCAAUCUUCCCCUGGACUAGGAGCUUCUCUGCACAGGAACCCUGGGUUCAAAGGACACGCUCUGCUCAUGGCACUUCUUUCUUGGUAGUGUGAGGUCCCCAUGUCUCUCUGUUCCCUUCUGUCUUUUAUGUCUCAAAAGAGAUUGGCUUAAAACACUAUCUAAUCUUGUAGAUCUCAUCAGUAUAACUGCUGAUAAUCCAUCUCAUUAACAUCAUAAUGAUAGGAUUUACAGCACAUAGGAAAAUCCCAUCAGAUGACAAAAUGGUAGACAAUCAUACAUUACUGGGAAUCACAACCUAGCCAAGUUGACACAUGUUUUUGGGGGGACACGAUUGAAUCCAUGACACCUCUCAAGCAAAACCAAGGAUAUUAUGUAAGUGCUUGUAAAACAAAGUAAAUUUCCAAACGUUUUUAUGGAUGAAAUUCAAAAUAUAAUAAUCGAGUACAAUUUUUUGUCAUACAUGUCUGCUGCUUAAGGAGUUCAAAGUAUUCUCUAUCAUCAAAAUCUGAGUCCUCGGAUGAUGCAAACAGUGAAGCACUUGACUACUAGCUGAAAAGUUCGCCAUUUGAACCCACCCAAAGGCUCCUGGAAGACAAGCCUGGCAAUCUGCAUCCAAAAGGUCAUAGCCUUAAAAACCCUAUGGAGCAGUUCUACUCUGCACACAUGGGGUCACCAUGAGCAGGAAUUGACUAAAUCAGUUGCCAUCCAGCUGAUGCCAACUGAUGGCAACCAUGUGUAUGUCAGAGUAAAACUGUGGUCCAUAGGAUUUUCAAUGACUGAUUUUUUGGAAGUAGAUUGACAGGACUUUCUUCCAAGGGGCCUCUGGAUGGACUCAAGCCAUCAGCCUUUCAGUUAGCAGCCAAGUGCUUUAACUGUACCAUCCAGGGACUUACAGAUAAACCAAAAAACCUGUUGCUGUCGGGUCGAUUCCAACUCAAGACAUUUUCACAAGUUUUGAGGAUUUGCUCCACUAAGCCUUUUUCUUUAUCCCAUCAUUUGUGACACAUCUUAGCAAGUUCCAGUUCAGGUUGUACUGAAUUAGUGUUUUUUCUCAACUUUUUUUUUUUUUUUGAAAACGUUAUUGUGUGUAAUUGUUCCACACAGACUCCUGAGAGAGGCUCAUUCUUCAGUCACUUCAAAUUCGGCAUUGAUUCCUCAAACAAAUAACAAUUGAGUGGUAUCAGUAGCAUCUGUUGGUUCAACAAGAGCCAAGAACCACUUGGAAUCAUUUGCCUUGCUUUUUGGUUGACUACUGAUGUUUUCUCUAUGUUCUCAACUUUUCAAGCAACUGCCCUUGCCAAAAGGCCAAGAGUCUUAAAUAAGUUGAUUUUCUCUGGACACAUCUCUCUGGCUUCUGCAAGCAAACAUGAUUUAAUUAACUCACCAUUGGUAAAUGGCUUUCCUUUCUUGGCUAACAAAUGAGCCACUUAGAAACUCACUUUGGUUGCAGCCUCUUUUUCAUUUUUUUGAAGAAAUUCUGUUGUGAUGAGAUACUCCUUUUUCAAUUUCCUAAUCUUUCUGACUGCUACUUUCCUGUAAGCUGUGAAUAGUAUGAUGAGUACUAAGUCUCUAGUGCCAAUAUAUGUUUAUUCUUUAAGCACAGUUCUAGUGUCAUUGCAUAAUAAACAAAAUGCUUUUCCAUCUAACUAACAAAAUAAUCCACGCUCCACUGUGCCUUAAAAGCAUGACAUUCAAAGUCCACCCUUUUUCUUGUUUUGACGAGAUGAGUAUGCACUGAUAAUGAAAAAUAAAAUGCAGCACAGCAAUAUGUGUGGCAUAUUACGCUAUGAAGUUAUAACUGCAUACUGCAAUUUUUAGUGCACUGAGCAGUAGUGUCAGGUGAUAAGAGCCACACAGGUAGCUGUUGCUUCUAUUCAACUUUGCUGUGGAAGCAACCUUAGACAAUACAUAAAUAAGUGUGGCUGUGUUUCAAUAAAACUUUACUUACGGACAAUGAAAUUUGACUUUCAUAUAAUUUUCACAUGUCACAAAAUAUUUUGAUUUCUUUUUUCCAACCAUUUUAUAACAUCUUUUUAGCUUUGGGGCCAUACACAAGCAGUCAGUAGACAAGAUUUGGCACAGGCCAUAGCUUGUCUACGCCUGCUGUAGACUAAGCUCAACAAGAGACAUUACUAUCUUACUUAUAUAUCUUAUGCCCUACCAUAAAGUCUGGCAUGUGGUAAUCACUCAGUAAAUAUUCAUUGAAUGGAUGAAUGAAAGGAUACGUAGGAACUAGGAUUUGAGCUUGGUUUUUUUUUUUUUUCUGACUUGAAAAUACUUAUUAUUCCAGUAUGUCACCUGCUUCCAUUUCCUUGCUUAGCAAUCUUGAAUAAAUCACUAUUCCUCUGAGUUUUGGUGAUCUAAACUGAAAAAAUCAGGAUAAUAAUACCCUCCCCACAAGGUUCUUGGAAAUAGCAAAUGAGGCAGUAUGUGCGUUUUAGUAAUAUUGAGUAUAAAACUGAACAUGAAAUUCUUGUACAUAUUUCAUGUACAAAUAUAUCAGUCUCUCUAUUAUGGUUCAUACCUAGGAAUGGAGUUGCUCGGUCUAGGUGGUGCUUCCCUUCUGUGGUGUAGAGCUGUUGCCGAGAAGCAGCUCCCCAGCCAAAGACUACCUGCCCCAGUUCCCCUUGCAUCUAAGUGGGGCCAUAUGACUAGUUCUAACAGUAUAAACAGAAGUGUUGUGUGUCACUUCAACGCUAAGGUGGUUGAGCAUCCAGGAUGCCUUUCCCAUUCUUUCUUCCCCUUCAGUAGUAAUUUUGAGGCUACGUGGUGAAGAUGGUUAUGUCACAAGAUAAAAGAAUCCAGGAUUCUUGAAUAGUCAUUUGAAGGCAAACUGCUUAGAGUUGCCACCUCGACUUUAAGCAAGACAUAAACUAAGAUUUGAGGGUUGUUUGUUACAGCAUUUGACUAAGGUGACCAAUCUACACCAAUCAUCUUCCCUUGUGUGUUUUGUCUUUUUUACUUUGUUUAUGAUAUCUUUUAAUAUAAAGGCUUUAAUUUUAACAUCAUAGAUAUCUUUUAUUGUAUGCUUUGUGCUUUUGUUUUGUUUACAUCUUUUCUGAAUGACAGAAACAAAGAAUCAUCAUUUUGCAGCCUUUAAGGAAAUAACUGAUUGAGAAAGACCCUCAGUUGGUAAAACCAUUAGGUGAGGGAUUGAUGGAGAAGAACUUCAGAAGGAAGAGAGCAGGCUGUCACCGCCUAAGUCCUCUAUCUGAGCUUCACUUAGAACCGGACAAUUGGAUAUGUACCUCCUGAUGUGACUCAAUAUAAAGUACACAGCACCAGCUAUGAAGUAUUAUUGUCAAAAAAGUUGAACUGAACCUAAUCAAUUUCCAGUUACAGGAAAUACAAGCAAGGGAGGAAUAAAUUAAAUAAAAUCACAAAAAAGCAAACAAACUCCACAGUGUGGAACACAAACUGAUUUAAUUUCUUCAGUAAAUUAAUGUCCCCAAGAGAAGAAAAAAGAGAAAGAGAGGAGGGAUUGUGGUAAAUUUAAAAGGACUUAAGAAAUGUAACAGACAAAUGUGUCAUGGACCUUGUUUAUGUCCUGUCUUUGAACAAACUAAAUGUAAAAAGACAUAUUUGGCACAAUCAAGGUAAUUUGAGUAUGAACUGGAUAUUAGAUGAUACCAAGAAAUUAUCCUUAGUUUUGUUUGAUGUGAGAAUGGCCUUGCAGAUAUAAAAGAAAAUUUCUAUAUUUUAAUUUUAUUUUUUUAAUUUAAUGUCUAUAUUUUUAGAAAUGCAUACUAAGUAGGAACGGCUGAAAUGACAGGAGGUCUGGGAUUUGCUAUUAAAUAUUUAAGCAAAAAGAAUGAGUGAAAGAGAGGAAAGAAGAAAGAAAGGAAGGGGAAAGGGAUAUAUGAAGGCAAUGCAACAGAUACUUGAUAUUUGUUGAGUCUCCACAGUGGGCAGGUAGGGCUUUAUCACACUGCUCUGUCUGCUCCUGGAUGUGUUUGAAAUUUUCAUAAGGAAUAUUAAUUCAAAUAUUUUCUACCCGUUUUACCCUUAAGUCAUAAAUAUAUUAUUCUGUAUUUUCUUCUUAAAGCUUUAAAGUUGUGUUUUUCACAUUUAAGCCUUUACCUCUAAUUGAGUUUUGUGUAUCGUGAAUGGUAAGGAUUUAAUUUUUAUUUUAUUUCCAUAUGGAUGAAAAAUUUUCCAAGCACCAUUUCUUGAGCAAGCUAUCAUUUUCUCUUUUUCUUUAUUUUGGUAAAAAAAUGUAUAACAUAACAUCUGCCAAUUCAACAGUUUUUACACGUAUAAUUCAGUGGCAUUGAUUACAGUCAUCAUGUACAACCUAUCCUGUGCGAAUUAUUCCACCACCAUUCAUAGAAGCACAGUGCCCCCUAAGCAAUGACUCCUUUCCCUCCCACCCCUGAUAACCACUCAGUCCAUUGUUUUCUUUAUUGAUUUAUGCAGAAUUACUUAUAUCAGAUUUUCGUAUAUGCAUGGGUCUAAUUCUGGAUGCUUCAUUCUGUUCCAUUGUUCUAUAUGUCUCUUGCUGUAAUGCCACACAGCCUUAAAAACUAUAGUUUUAUAGUAAGCUUUGAUAUUUGGUAGGGUGAGAUUCUGCACCUUGUAUGGAUAGUAUGCUAUCUUUUCUGUUAAAAGGGAGGGGAAUAAGAAUAUAUGUUCAUAUUUGCUUGUAUAUGCAGAGAUUAUGGAAGGAUAUAUUAGAAAGUAAAAAUAGCAUUUACUGUAUGUGUAUGUAUUUGUGUGUGUGUGUGUGUGUGUAUUGGAAAUGGGAACUGGGCUGAUGAGUGGCCAAGAUGGGAUGGGGACUUCACUGUAUAUCUUUUCAUAUUUUUUAAAUCUAUUACAUUUUUAUGUAAUUAAAAAUUGCAUUACAAAGCAAAAAAUAAUAAAGAACAAAGUACAGACUUAAUUUGCUUAACAAUUAGUAACACUAAGUUCUCAAAUGAUAAAGUUUUUAAUGAUACUUUAUUUUAAACUCAUGCUUUCAGUUAUAUUUAAGAUGUAAUUUGAACUCUAAAAAGGAUUAUUUCUUACACCAAGGUCACACGAUAACUAUGAGCCCAAGAGACAGAAAGGGCCACAUGAACCAGAGACUUACAUCAUCCUGAGACCAGAAGACCUAGAUGGUGCCUGGCCACAACCAAUGACUGCCCUGACAGGGAGCACAACAGAGAACCCCUGAGGGAGCAGGAGAUCAGCGGGAUGCAGACCCCAAAUUCUCAUAAAAAGACCAGACUUGAUGGUCUGACUGAGACUAGAGGAAUCCCAGCUGUCAUGGUCCCCAAACCUUCUGUUGGCCCAGGACAGGAACCAUUCCCGAAGACAACUCAUCAGACAUGAAUGGGACUGGACAAUGGGUAGGAGAGAGAAGCUGAGGAAGAGUGAGCUACUUGUAUCAGGUGGACACUUGAGACUGUGUUGGCAUCUCCUGUCUGGAGGGGAGAUAGGAGGGUAGAGAGGGUGAGAAACUGGCGAAAUUGUCACGAAAGGAGAGACUGGAAGGGCCGGCUCAUUAGGGGGAGAGUAAGUGGGAGUAUGGAGUAAGGUGUAUAUAAGCUUAUAUGUGACAGACUGACUUGAUUUGUAAACAUUCACUUAAAGCUCAAUAAAAAUUAUUAAAAAAAAAAAACACUAUGGCAGUUUCAGUGAGGUUAAGCAUAUACUUACCAUGUUGUUGCUGUGGUUAGGUGCCCUCAAGUCAGUUCUUACUCAUGGUGACCCUGUGUACAAGAGAACAAAACACUGCCUGGUCCUUUGCACUAUCCUUACAAUCUAUGGAUGUUUGCAGCUGUUUCUUCUCAUUUUGAGUCAUGCCACAUCAGCAAAGAAGUACAGCCAGAAUGUUCCUUAGAAGCAAGGAUGGUGAGACUUCAUCUCAUAUACUCUGAACAUGUUAUCCGGAGGGACCAGUCCCUGGAGAAGGACAUCAUGCUUGGUAAAGUAGAGGGUCAGCAGAAAAGAGGAAGACCCUCAAUGAGAUGAUUGACACAGUGGCUGCAACCAUGAGCUCAAACGUAACAACCAUCGUGAGGAUGGCCCAGGACCGGGCAGCGUUUUGUUCUGCUGUACACAGGGUCGCUAUGAGUCGGAACUGACUCGAUGGCACCUAACAACAUUACUCCGUUUAAGAAAAAAAUCCACUUUAGCAUCAUUUUGUUGCUCAUCUCACCUUGUUUAGCACUGAGCACAGAGCUGGAGCUCAAAAAUACGUAUCUGAUGCGAUCAGAAAGAAAACUUCAGUGUUUUACCAAAACUUGUAGAAAUGAUUAGUAUGUGUCCAUGGACUGAGAAAACUCAGCAGGUAGUGAGAAGGAUGGGAGAAAAACUCAAAUCAGUCAUUUGUUUUGAUUAAAAUUAAAUCUGUUAAGUGACCAUAUCAGAGUUGGCUUUAAACCAAUUUUUUUUAAUUUAAUAAAGAAUUCUAAAAAAAAAAAAAAAA